AAUUCCGGACGUCGCCGCGAGACGUCUUCGUUUGACAGAUUGUCGGUGUGUGUAUGCGUAUGUACGUUCCACGUGAAUUCUUUGUUUAGGCGCCGGUGAUGUUUUUGACAAGUGUCGGGGCUGCGGGGUGAUAGCACGCAUCUGUUACAUGGUAAGCGCGAGUUUACGCCCGAAAUGCCGACGGGGCGGGCGGCAAGUGCCGACGGGUCUCGCGUUGUGCAUAGAAUUCGAAUUAACAAAACGUCGGGAUAACCGCACACACGGUUCCCUCGCGCUGUUGCAUCGUUUCGGGUCGCGACCGACACUCCGGUGAUUUUUUCCCGGCUACCUAUGUUUUUCUUUCAAUUCCGUCGUGUUGUUCGUGAGAAGCACGGCCAUUUCCGCGAUGGAACUGUACGAGACACGGGAGGCCCUCCAUCUGUGAUGGCAGGGAAGGAUGGAAAGCUAGAGUCAAAAGGUGGAGAUGUUAUUCGGCAAGGAUUUAUGAUAAAACGUUCCCAAAACAAGAAACGCUUUACUCCAGUCAAUUACAAACAACGAUGGUUCGUGUUGACAAAACACUAUCUUAUUUACUACGAUGGAGAUGGUGAGCGCCGCAAGGAACGUGGUCGGAUCGCCGUGGAGAGCGUCCACGUGGUGGAGACGGCCAGUCUCGGAAGUGGUAGCACCGGUGGCGGAGGUGGUGUCGGNGACGCCGCGGGUGGCGGCGACGCGGGCGGCGGUGGCGGCGGGAUACCAUCCGGGCUACCAUUCCAGGUGGGAUACCGGGAGGCCGGUCAGGAAUACACGCUCUACCUUCUCGCCGCUCGCGAGCAGGAUCGCGCCGAAUGGAUACGUGCCAUACGGGCUGUGUGCAGUGAGAAUUCGGGCUUGAGCGGGCGUUACCACGCAGGCCUGUGGAGCGGAAAACGUUGGUCCUGCUGCCGACUGUCGACACGCUCCGCCGAAGGCUGCGACACUUGCAGCUCCUGGUCCUCGAAUCCGUCCUCAACGACAACGUCGGCCUCGACAACAUCGACAUCCGUGCCUGGCAAUAUCGUUAACAACUCAACCUCGACGCCGACCGUCACGUCCGACCAUCGGUCACAAUCGACGAACGCCGAAGCGAAUAACAAUCCGAUCGUCCAACCCCAGGCUCGUUCUACAAUUGGUUCGUACUUUUUUAUAUACGUAUACACAUUCACUAUGUGCUUUUUCGGAGUCUUUAACGAAUUCGUAAUUGAUUCGCUGGCGAAUAAUCGAUGUUUUUUAUUUCAACGUUAACGCGAGGAUCUCGGAAUUACGUUGGUUUUAAUAGCCGGUUUGUUAAAUGUCGCGUAAGAAAUUAAACGCUGUCCGGCAGAGCGUUUAUUUAUCUCGCAUCUCGCACACACACACACACACACUCUCCGGACUCUCUGUGUGUAUUAUUACGAUAUGCGCUAUGCCGUUUUUGUAGCGUGCUUGUCAAAAUAUAUCGCGCCGUUUGACCGUGAAGCAGCUAUCAAGCACGCUAAUUACGACCUAGUUGGGUGUAUAUAAAAUGAUCGCUGGUAUCAGUUUGUUUAUCGCGGAAAAAAAGUUGUACAAACACACAUCGGGAAUAACGCGUAAAAUGGACUCGGCAAUGCGUGUGAUCGGUAGCGCGUAAUUAACUGAUUGCCGCUUUAUCUCGUUAAAUAUUUAGUGGCAAUAAUGAGUCUAUCUCGUUGCGAGAUCGACCGAUACUCUGUUUGUCGAUGCAUUAGCUCAAUCUAUUGCCGAUGAACGAGAUUACCGAUGGGUUUAUCGAAUCAAGUGGAUUCUUUUAUAGUAGAAAAUCUUGUUUUCUUCGUACGUUUGCGGGGCUACUUUGAGAAUAGGGUUCGAGAAAAUUAUUUUCAAACAAUUGAUUUUGAAAUAAAUACUUGAUGAAAAAUUUUUCACAUUUUUUUUAUUUCACGCGAGAAAGAGCGAAAGAAAGAGAGAACUUGUGAUUUUUUAUCGCUUGGCGAUGUUCGUGUAUAUUCACUUCUAAAAAACAAAAAAAAACUAGAAUUCAUUAUCCACGAACGCAAAUAUUACGCAAAUCUUUUGCAUGUCGCAGUUUUUGAAUUAUUUAAAUUUUUAUUUCUGCUAAAAAAAAAGUAGUUGAAGAAUUGAAUUUUGCUUUGGGCGCGAUGUUACAUCGGCAAAAAAUUUGUCUGGGCGUAAAGUCAAUCCCCGAAUAAAACUCUUUCUACGAAAGUGAGCAUUAUUGAUAAAUUAUGUACUGACAUGUUCGUCGAUACACAUUUCUGUGUGUGUGUGUGUGUAUGUGUGUGCGCGCGCGCGCUUUUGUCUUUGAAAAGCUUUGUCGAGGGUUCCUCUUUGGAGCGGGAUAGUUAAAAAAAAAUGAUGAUGAUACAGAAGCUCUGUUGUAAAUACAGCAGUAUCUGAGUUAAUAUCAGAGCCUUUGACGUCUGUCACGAAAACUUUUCUCUUAGACAACGGGAGCGUGACUUUCGACGUGACAGUUUUGUGUGCUGUGGAAAUGCUCUGGGCUCGCUUCGCGAGCUGCGACGACGCCCGAAACUGGAAAUCGCGUUUUGUCACGUCGUGUCGUAAAAAUCCUCUCGGUCAAGUGUUAUUCUUCCCCCAAUAACUCGGGUGUCCCAGUUCUUUUAUCGCUCGAGGCAAGACAGCCGUUCGACUUCGCCAAUAAUGCUGCCGAUAUCGGUAAUUGAAAUUUCGCGUGUAAUGAACGCAUUUCCAUCUGACGGCGGAAGUGAUACGGGGAAAAACUUUGAUAGAUUCUUCCGACACACGAAGUUAUAUGAUUGCGCGCAAAACUCGUUGAUUCGUAAUCUACGUAAAAUAUAAACAUGAGAAUUUUUCAAAAAAACGGAAAGAAUAACAAAUCUAAUACACGACAAUAAAAGAUCUUUGAAAUUUUCUUGAAAUAAAAAGAUAUACAUAUGAUAUAUAAUUAUAUAAAUAUUAUGCAUACAUAUAUAUAGUAGAAUAUUCAGUUUUGCAAGGCGUACUUUUGCGUGCUUCUCAUUUGCAAACAUUUAGAUGUAAGUACGACACUCUAUUCAGAAGUAAGUGACGCAGGUGCUAGUUUUUGCCAAGGAAAAUUUAUUAUUAGAUAACCUUUUAUAUUUUAUAAAAAUCGAUGCGCGUUACCAGCUGGCGCAAAAUAAGAAGUACCGCAUGUAUUUCCGCCCUAGGAAUUGCGAAACGUAACAAUUCAACGCGAAAAGAUGAUAACCUUUCGAGUUUCGGCUUGAACUUAUUUGAAACAAGUUCGUGCCACUCAAAAGGUUGUCAUCUUUUCCGAUGAUAUAUAUUCGUACGUGUUUCAUCCGAAAGUGUGUCUUUCUCAAGUGUGUCGAUCUAUCAUCCAUUUGAAGCCCAGAACGAAUAUAUAUAGCGAACGAACUUCCGCGUGCAUAUACCGCGUGAAACUUCCGUUUUCCUUGAACGAACCCGACCUACUUAAAACCAAAUUGAAUUUUCGAUAUUGUAAUUGCAAAUCUGAGUAUAUUGAAAUGCGCUUAAUGCUUCCCACGACGCGCGUAGGAAAAUAAAAAUUUAAUCCGUGAUGGAUCGAUCGAGCGAAUUCAUUUCUUCGAUGCGCAUCAAUGCGGCGGACGCGGCCCGCACACACCACCGGGCUCUCACAAAUUAUCACAAUUGUUAUCUGCCGCUAAACGCGCGUCUUUACACAUACUAUAUAUAAAUCUUCCGCCAGAUUUCACGUAUUAUCGUUUAUAUCGUUUUUUUUUUCUUUCUCAGUUUUUCCAAUAGUUCCACCUAACUUGACGGUGUUACGUAAACGAUCAUCAUCCGGUUGGCAAUUAUCCCAACUUGGUCAAAGUAAUCGCUCAGGGCGUUUCUCGAUAAACUGCUUCUCUCUCUCUCUCUCUCUCUCUCUUUGAAAUAAAGUUCCUGUCGUUAUAAUACCCCCGUUUAAAUAACUAUCGUUUCGCUAAUCUCGCGCCGGUGAUUUAAUCACGAGCACGCUUGCGCGCGCCAAAGACCUCGCACUUACUCAAAUUAUCAUUCGUGAUGUGGUGCCGACCUUUGCAUUGUUUCCACGGGAGAUAGGCUUGCAUUUAUGCAUGAAAUAUUCGAUCCACGGUGUGCACCUAGCGUGGCAGGGCGCAGCUUAGAUCGAGAGACCCGUAUAUCUCUUAAUUUACGACACACACACACACACACACAAAUAGAAGACAAUGUGUUACAUGCGAGAUUACAACAACGCAAUAAAACUUCCCGCAUUUAAGGAAGACAAAUAAGCUGCACGUAGACGUUAUGGGGGCGACGUAAAAGUUAGUUUCGAGAUUAGUAAUUUCAAAGUGGAUUUGAAUAGCCUCGAACACACGCCUCUGUGUAUCUCGCCCGCUUACUUUUGAACAAGUAUCGGUCUUUUGCGCUUCCCCUCGAUAUCGCCCGUCCGUUCGCGGCCCGGGCUUCAUCUUUCAUCCGGGUGCUGCCGCUUUAAUUUGCUCGCCGCGAUAUCAGACGUGACACGACUCCAUUAUAUGAACGUCGAGUAGGUCGAGCACGCAAUUAACAAGUUUGCUUGACUACGAGGCGCACGGAAUACGACGAGGCGAGGCGCUACAGUUAGCAAAUGAAUGCAGCCGAGAGCUAAAUCUUAACUACCUCUGACGUUGCAAAUACGUUGGCUCAUCGCGAAAUGCAGUCGGGCCUUUCUUUUCUCGAGCAUCCUUGACUCGUCGUCGAGUGAAUAUCGCGCGAGCCGCAAUAAGCCCACACGCAAAUUUUUUUUCUCUCCUUUUUUCCCUCUCAUUUUUUCUCUCGGGAUCGUUUCUCUAUGCGAGAGAGGGAACUUUAUAUUGUGUAUUCGUUCCGAGGCGUUCGGCUCAUUAAUAUCGCUAAUUGCGUCCCUCGACGCCGGCGUCGGUCGAAUGCCGCGUUCGAUUUGUCGAUUGAUUUUUUUUUUCACAUCGAAGUGAUUCCCAGCCGUAUUUUUUUCUCUCGCAUUUUUCCGAGCGAUUGCUCUUCAUGCUGCUCCCAUUGAAUGACACAUUUCGGAGUGAGGGAAAGAGAGAUAUAUAUAUAUAUAUGUAUAUAUAUAUAUAAAAGGCCA